AUGACGGUCACUUACACCGCCAGAGUGGCCAAUGCGCGUUUCUGUGGCUUCUCCAAACUGCUGCUGGUGUGGAAGGGAAGCAUCUAUAAAGUCCUUUACAAAGAGUUUCUGGCUUUCUUCGCCCUCUACACGGCUAUCAGUCUCACAUACAGAUUUCUCCUUUUGGAUGAUCAGAAGAGAUACUUUGAAAAGCUUUCCAUGUACUGCAACCACUACGCCAGCCUUAUCCCAAUGUCUUUUGUAUUAGGGUUUUACGUAACGUUAAUAGUGAACCGAUGGUGGAGUCAGUACACCUCCAUUCCGCUGCCGGACCGGAUCAUGUGCACGCUCUCGGGGGGCGUGCAGGGCGGGGACGAGCGCGGCAGAUUGCUGCGACGCACGCUGAUGCGCUACGCGAGUUUGUCCGCGAUCCUCAUUCUGCGCUCCGUCAGCACAGCCGCAUUCAAGAGAUUCCCGACAAUGGAUCAUGUUGUUGAAGCAGGUUUUAUGACAAGAGAGGAGCGUAAGAAGUUUGAGAGCUUGCACUCGCCCUAUAAUAAGUACUGGGUGCCUUGUGUGUGGUUCACAAACCUGACCGCAGUCGCUCGAUGUGAGGGCAGAAUUAAAGAUGAUAACACUUACAAACUCCUACUGGAGGAGUUGAAUGAUUUCAGAGGAAAAUGCAGCAUGCUUUUUCACUAUGACAUGAUCAGUGUACCAUUGGUCUAUACACAGGUUGUGACUCUGGCAGUGUACAGUUUCUUCCUGGUGUGUCUGAUUGGUCGUCAGUUUCUUGACCCUAGUCAGGGUUAUCCUGGCCACGACCUUGACCUCUACGUUCCAGUCUUUACCCUUCUGCAGUUCUUCUUCUAUGCUGGCUGGUUGAAGGUGGCAGAGCAACUCAUAAAUCCAUUUGGAGAGGAUGAUGAUGAUUUUGAGACCAACUGGCUUAUUGAUAGAAACUUCCAGGUGUCUAUGAUGGCAGUAGAUGAGAUGUAUGGAGAUUUGCCCAUGAUGGAGAGAGAUCUGUACUGGAAUGACUCGAACCCUCGACCGCCGUACACCGCUGCCACACUCUUCGUGCUGCGCAAACCCUCUUUCCAGGGCUCCACCUUCGAUAUGACAGUCCCUAAAGAGGAGAUGCAUUUCCAGCCUUUGGAGGACAUCGCUGAGAACCGGGAGCAGUCAGCGUUACGAAAUCGCAAUCUAGCUCUUUUCAACCGCCUGCUGAGCACUGCUCCAUCCCCAACAGGAUUCAUGAGCGGAGCCUUGCGUCGUACCUCCGCCCAACUACACCGAUUGACACGUCCCGCUAGCCACGAUCCUUCCUUUUCAGAGGAAGAUGAGGAGAAGGAGAAGAGCAUGGAGAAAAGUUUAGAAACGGCUGCUUCAACACCUUCUGGACUCGGGUUGGACACCACCCAGAGCACCACCUGCAGUUGUGGAGGCACCUGUCCUCCAUUGUCGACUGUGAUGAUACACCAGGAAAGAGGAGAUGGAAGAAGUGAAGACGAGAGGGGCUUCAAGAAUAGUGAGGAAGGGAACAAAGAUGCGAUGAGAUCAGUUGUGCCAAAAAUACCACCACCCACAUUGCAGACGCCAACCGGGAGACAUCAUCAGUCGGCCAAAACAGCCCGCCAAAGUCUUCUUCUCACCCUGGACCAGGUGAAGCCUCACCUCGACUCUUUAAGUGCCACCAACCGUUCUGUGCCAGACUUCUUCUCUUUUCAGCUUAUCAGUGAUAAAGUCAUGACCCCAAAUGUGAAAGCAGAAUCUGGUUUGUCUUUGCUGACUGUACCAUCGCUUGAAGUCUCGGCCUUCACCAAGAAUUCUGAAGGAGAGCGAAUGGUGGUAGAUUAAAAAUGGCCACCUUCCAAUGUCCAAACUGAAGGUGUAAUGGUCGGGUCAGAGGUCACAGGGUCAGUCGGCAAGGUUGAGGAGUGACCCAGUGUACUUUAAUUCUUCUACAUGCUUUUUUAUAUAUUUUUAUAUUUACAAGUCAAAGGUUUGGAUACACAUAAACUGAAGUUUUUUAUAAUCUUAAAAGCAUUUUUUUAAAGGGGACAUAUCAUGAAAAUCUGACUUUUCCAUGCUUCUAUUAACCUAAAAAAAUGUGAAAAAGACCCAGUAACUUUACAGUAAAGUUUUGGUAACAAGCAUGUCAAAAAAAGUAUAUAGAAAUGUGGCUCCCUUGUGAUGUCAUAAGGAGACCUUAUUAUAAUAAUACCACCCCUUUAUCUGCAUUAUCCAACCACAACACUGCCAUUUAGUGCAGAGAGAAAGAAAAACAUUGGCAGCACAAUUGAGUUUCAAUAUCAACAAACCACCAUCAUUGCGAUCAGUGAUUGCAUUUCAUCAGCUCAUUUGCAUUUUAAAGGACACCCCACCAAAAAACAGCACAUUUUUGCUCACACCAACAAAGUGUCAAUUUUAACAUGUUAUAAUAAAUUAUCUGUGGAGUAUUUUGAGCUAAAACUUAUAUAUACGUACUUUGGGGACAUCAAAGAUUUGUUUUACAUCUAUAAAAAGUCUCGUGAAUUGUCUACUUUAAGUGAAGUAUACAAAAUAAUGCAUAACUAUUGACUUCUCAGAAAUGCUACAUUUAUCAGAUAAUUUGAUUAUACAUUUAAACUAUUUUUAGAUCUUAAAAUGAAAAUAUAGUAUUAAAAACGAUUGUGAGAAGAAUGAAUGUCUGGGGUCUGAAUGUCUAGAUAAAAUAGCAACAGUGGCACAUAAGCAGUAAGUCUACCCGAUACAUUUUCUAUAUAAAAAAAUAUAUUUUUAGAUUUCAAUAAGAACAUGUCAGUAAGAUACUAUGAUAGGCAAUGUUUUUGGACAUAAUCAUCAUCAGAAGUGAACGCUAAUUGUAGCAUACUCCAAACUGUCCACAAGGUGGCACUGUUGUAUCAUUUUGUUCGUCUGGCCUUGCGAUUGGUUACGAAAGAAAGCGCAAAAUAAACUGCACUGGAUAUAAAGUCAGCUCUAUACAUCAUGAUUUUGUGA